GCGAUCCAGCAGUGAUCCUCGCGCAAGAAGUUUUGUCGAAAUUAAAACAUACCCAAACGCAGAUUUUUAGUGCAAUAACUUUUAAUCAACGAAACAGCUACGUUAUGGAGUGUAUUGAGUUUUGAUUUUAGUGUUUUAUACCAUAAAAACUGCAUAAAUCGCAGAAUACGAUAGGAUAUCCAAGUUCAAGUUGUGAAUAUGUGAAUGUGUCUGUUAGUUGUGUGUAUGUGUCUGUGAGCUUUAUAAAUGCCAGGUCAUCAUCCUCCUUCAGAGCGCAGGCACCUUGCGAUGGAUGAUCAAAAAAUCAAGUGCUCGCUAAGCAUGUCCAACAAGGAUCUUCGUUUCGAGUGGGACAUUCUUGCAGGAAAAGACUGGCGAAAAUGGGAUAAAAAGGGCAGUGGGAUUAAUCGCCUCCUGUUGGGAAAACUGUUCUAGAAUUGUAAAUAUCGAAUUGUGCAUUGGGCUCGUCAUUACCCUUUAAAAAACAACCUAAAACAUUAUCAGUUCUUGGCCAGUGUUAGAAAGAGUGUUGGUGUUUUUGUCUACAAUUUGUGUACUCCAUACUAAGUAUUCCCAAGCAUGCAAGGCACCGAAUUACUGGCAUAGGAUUCGGCUAACAACGCUGCUUGAAGACCGAUAGACGCAAAGCCAGAGAAGGCCUUUCUCUGUAACUUUAGCUUCCUCUUUCGAUUGCCAUCCAUCGUCAACUGCGUCACUUAUCCCCCGUCUUACGAUGAGUGGAUUGGCGAAGGAUGCUAUUGACGAGCAGAUCAUCGAUGAAAGCUCACAGUGCAUGCUGGAUGAUUUACAACUGGCUGCUGAGCUGGGCAAAACGCUCCUGGAGCGCAACAAGGCAUUGGAGGCAGCACUAAAACAGUGUCAACAUGAAAUCGAGGACAAAAUGCAAGAGAUAGAACAAUUGAACAAACACAAUGUCGCACAGAGAGAGGCAAACGAAUCGCGAAUGAAAAUCUACGAGCAGCUGGAUUUGGGCAUCUGGGAUCUUGAACAAACAAAAUAUAAAUUAACAUUAGAAAACAAAGCAGAAAAGAAAAAAAACAGACAAUUGCACAGCACUAUCGAAGGUCUCGAAGCCAAAGUAGAAGAGCUUACUAGAACACUAAUGGAAGAGAGGCGCCAAAUGCAGAUCGAAAAACGUGAUAUAGCAGAAAAACAAGCAGCAACUGCUGGCACUAGCACUGAUAUCGUAGAAGUGCCUACGUUACCGUCUCCGGCGAGUGUAGCUAGUGAUCACGCAACACAAUCUACAACAACCCGAGCUGUAGAAGAAUUGCAUCAUAACGACGAGGCAGACGAAGAAUUAAUACGGGUUAUGCUGUUGCUCGAUAGUACUCAAAAGAACUUUGUGCAGGAGCGGGAUAAAGUGGCAGAAUUGGAGGAACAGUUAAUGGCUCUCACACAAGAGAACCAAAUGCUGCAAAAGAAGCUGUCGCAAAAUACCAACAACGAUGAAGUAAAAACAGUACAUCAGGAGAUUUCGCUUCUGGAUGAAUUGAAGCAGGGACAAUUGUGCACUAACUGUUUGCGUGACCUCGCCGAUCGUCGCGACGAGAACUCUAUUAUCAGCGGGAAUGAUGAUGAUGAUGAUCGCAGCCUCAACAAUCUGAUCGAAGCGUCCGAAAUGCCAAAGACUUACCGUUCGGAACUCUAUAUACAGCAGCUACCCCUCGAGACAUGUGGAGAAAAACCGCAAGCUGAUGAUGGAAGCGUCACGAAUAAUCUUUACCGGGAGCUGAUAGAGUACGAAGCAUUGCUCGAGGGUCAUCGGCAGAAAAUUCAGUUACCAAAGAGUAGGACAUCAUCUGGUUCCGCCACUCCUGUUGAAAGCUGUCUAGAUCAUAGUAAAGUUGUUGGGUUUGGAAAUGAUUUGCACUACUCCAAUGGGUUCAAUCCGCCAAUGACGAGUGAGCGAACGAACAACAGCCAACGGCAGGGUACUGAAGCAGCGAUAUCUACUGGCGCGACUCGGCCGAUGGUUACAGUCCCUUCCGACAACCAUUAUCGGCCGGAGACGGCCAGUUCUGGCUACCUGGACGAUGUUUGCCAUAAGGCGACACAGACGGACGAGGGCUCGCGCGACAUCCUGUGCACAAUUGCGAAUGACAAGGACCGACUCGGCUUCUAUGUAGACCAAAGUGCAAUCGAUUCACGCUUUCGUUCUAUUCCGGCGCAUCGUGAAGUUUUCCGUGAAAUUGUUAGCGUCCUUAAGAAGGAGGCCGAAACCCGAGAAGAGGGUGAACAGUUGCCACUGAAAGAUGAUACGACAUCGGAUUUCAUCUUUACUGGCUCUGCGCCUAUGGCUGAAUUGGCGACGAUACGGUAUACACCGACUACACCAAUAAACGAAGAGACGCUGUAUGAGUUCGGCGAGGAUGAUACCGCCAGUUUUGUCACUACAUCUUCAGCUAUCAGUGAACAGUCAAUUGCUAUGUCUGAAUGCAUCACACGAGCUGAGCGUAAAAAAAGGGUACGUCAUCAAGCCUCGGCAAUUACAACCGCACGCCAUGGCACAGCUGGUCAGCAAAAAGACGGUGGUAUUGGUUCCAAGCCACCAACCAGCGCAAACGGCGGAGGUACCGGUACAGUGCAGCAAUCGUCUGUGCCGCUUGAAUAUCUCUCCGGGAGCAAGCGUAAAUCACAUCGCCGGAACCGUAAUCGUACGACUCUCGGAAAUAAAGGGUCUGAAUCUGCAGAGCUGGAGCAGCAAACACCAGUUCGUAGUAAAGGGAGCCGCAGGAUUCGCUACCGGCCCUGGAAUCCGGACUUUAUGGAUUCAUUCGGUAGCAGCAAUGGUCCGUCGCCACGAGACACUGAUGGUAAACGACCAGCUAGCUUGAGAUGGGAUAACAAAACGACAACGAUUCACAACCGCUCACAACCAGUAUCGAAAACACCGUCAGUCGAUGUUGGCUACCCAAAAACCACGAUGAAAUCGAAAUCAAGAGCAUGUGCGACCAUUAAUCGGAAUGCCGAAUUGGCGGACGAUGCGAGUGACAUCGUCGAACUCGUGCCCUCGACAGCCUCCCAGCAUUUACACAUGCUACAGGAGAUCGAUCUAACCUACGCGGAGGUACUCAGAGGCGCGAAUACUCGCCAGGCCCGCAGGCCUCGCAAGCCUCGCCAGCAAUACACCCAACCUAUGGAGCUAAUAGAGAGUCCCGAAGUAAGAAUAAUGAAGGAUCAACUUUCGUUUCCUUAAAUUUGACGUUCGAUCUUCCUAAGAUUUAGAGUUUUAGUUGUGCCAUGCCACAAUACUAUCAUUCGCUCCUCUAACAGCAGUUCCAAAUGAUUAUGCGUACAGAUUCUUGAUAGUGAGCCGUGUCAUAAUAUAUUUAAAUAAAACAAGUUUUUAAUAAGCUCAA